AUGGCUCGUGCAGCACUCCAAGUUUUAGCUGGCUUCACGCUUCUUUUUUGUUCAGCAUCGGCAUCUCAAGACCAUGCUGUAUGCAAUCACAUCAAGUCUCAACUCGGUAACGAUAUCGUAUCGCCUACCGAGUCUACAUACGAAGCUUUAAGUACCGAGAACUGGUCACAGACCGUCUGGGCAAAACCUUCAUGUAUUAUACAGCCUACGAAUGCCGAUCAAUUAUCACACGUUGUCUCCACCGUGGUUGACUGGGGAGUCGAAUUUGCAGUCCGUUCUGGUGGCCACUCAGUCGUGCCAGGGGCCGCAAACAUUAACGGUGGUGUACUUAUCGACUUGGCGAACUUCAACACCGUCGAAUAUAACGCAGACCAACAAGUUGCCGUUGUCGGCUCCGGGCUCCGGUGGAAAGAAGUGUACACUUCCUUAGACCAGUACAACGUGACAGUUGUUGGAGGCAGAGUUUUGGAUGUUGGUGUGGGCGGCCUAACUCUUGGAGGUGGUUUGUCCUACCUCGCCGAUCUCUAUGGUCUGGUCUGCGACAAUGUGGUUAAUUACGAGGUUGUGACUGCGAACGGAACCAUCGUGAACGCGAACGCGGAGUCGAAUCCUGAUUUAUUCUGGGCUCUCAAGGGCGGAGCUAAUAACUUCGGUGUCGUUACCAAGUUUACACUAAAGACUUACGAUAUUCAUGAUGCAUGGGGUGGCGUCAGAGUGUACUCGCUCGACGCCCUACCAGCAUUGUUCGAAGCCUUAUACCAAUACCAAUCCGUUGCGAACAAGGAUCCCUACGCGAAUAUCAUGCUCCAAGCCUUCCCGACCAAUGCGAGCAUCGGUGCCAUAUUGAACAUUGUAUACCUAAAGCCCGAACAAGAGCCUGAAGCGUUUGCCCCUUUUCGGAAUAUUACACCCCUAGCCGACCUGACCAAGCUCCAAACAUUGACGGAGUUGAUGCUUGCGGCUCCUGUCCCUGAGCUGACUCGUGUCAACUGGUUCAGCGCCAGCUUCACCAACGACAAAGAAGUGUUCGACAAGGUCGCCGAUCUCGUAUCCAAAUCCCCUGAGUUAGACGACCUCACGAACUUAACAGCGGGAUCCUUAGCAUUCGGCUGGCAACCAAUAUCUAGCAGUGCCGUUCUCGCAGGCCAAGCUCAUGGUGGAAAUACCCUUGGCCUCCAACCCGUCAACCAAACAUGGCUUGUGUUAGACGUCGGUUGGUGGUCUCCCGACGAUGAUGAGCUAGCACACAACUAUACGUCAAGCAUCAUUAAUAAGGUCAACGAUGUCACUAAGAGCAAGGGCCACUAUCUCGACUACAUAUUCAUGAACGACGCUGCUGCCGACCAACCCGUAAUUGAGCAUUACGGGGCGAAGAGUGUAGCGAAACUGAAGAAGACGGCGAAGAAGUAUGACCCUGACGGGGUAUUCCAGGACCUAGCUUCGGGGGGUUUCAAAUUGCCAUGA